GACAGCAAUAGGAAGAAGAAGGUGCUGUGUUUUCUGUCCACAACAUUUGACUUUUAAUAUUUUAAAUAUUUUCUUAAACAUUGUUACCGUCAAACUGCCAAUAAACUCGAUAGAAGAAGAAGAUUGCUUCAGGUUGCUUUAUAAUAAAAUGCCGCCAAAAGGGAAAGGUGGUAAGGCUGCUAAAGGCGCUGCUUCAGGGAGUGCAGACGCUGAUAAGAAAGAAAAAGCACCAAAAGGAGGCACUUCUGUCAAGGUUCGACACAUUCUUUGUGAAAAACAUGGAAGAUGCAUGGAGGCGAUGGAAAAACUGAAAGCUGGCAUCCGUUUCAACGAAGUAGCAUCACAGUAUAGUGAAGACAAAGCGAGACAAGGAGGUGAUCUUGGGUGGAUGACACGAGGUUCUAUGGUUGGACCUUUCCAGGAUGCAGCAUUCGCUUUGCCUGUCAGCUCGAUGGAUAAACCUGUCUACACAGAUCCUCCUGUCAAAACCAAGUUUGGAUACCACAUCAUUAUGGUCGAGGGGAAAAAGUGAGCAGGAAUGCUGUGACAUUUUGGUAGCUGAAACCUCUUACAGAACUGAUGAUUUUUGUCAUGGGGUUUAAGUGAUGUGCUAAAAAAAUUCUGUUUGACAUA